GGCAGAGCCAUCCAUGAAGGAAAUGGCAAUGUGAAAAGGGAAGCCCGCAGGAGCCUUCCGGGAAUUGCUGGUGCCAGUCUGGAGUCAGAAGGGAGCGAGGUGGGCAAAGAAGAGCCGGCAAGACCAUUGGCCAGCUGAGAGCCCAGCUGGGCAGCCAGCCGCACGGGGGCUUCGGCGGCGGCAUGACUGGCUGACGGACUUGACUGGCUGGCUGGCAGGCUGAAGGAAGGCAGCGCGAGGAAGGAGCCGAUCCGAGGGAGAGCCGGGAGCGACUUUCGGAAUACAGAUACAUGCCAGCGGUGGCGACGGACUUGCCGCGGAUGGCCAUGAAUGCCGGCUCUGUGUGGAUUACCUCUCCGUAAUUCCCAGGAGGAGGGGGGGGGAGGAGUGGCGGAGAGAAACUGGGAGCCCCCCCUCCCCACCGGGGGAAAGAGGCGCGCGUCGUUCUUGAGCGUGGAACCAUGUGAGGAACUCUGCUGCGGCAGCAAGAGACACACACAGGGAGUUUUGAGGUUCACACUCCCUUUCCUCUUUGCUCCGCACCGCAGGAUGGAACAGAGAAAGAUAUGGCUUCGGAUAUGGGACUCCGAUGAGUGGUCAGUGCCCUGGGCGUUUCUUUUCUUGGUUUUAUGUUCAUGGAAUGUCACAAGCACUCCUAUCUAUAAUACUUUUCACUCUGAGAAUCGCGAUUGGACUUUUAACCACUUGACUGUCCAUCAGUCCACUGGAGCAGUCUACGUGGGGGCAAUCAAUCGGGUUUACAAGCUGUCUAGAAAUUUGACCAUCUUGGUAGCUCACAAGACGGGGCCUGAGGAGGACAACAAGUCCUGCUACCCACCACUCAUUGUGCAGCCCUGCACAGAGAUCCUGACACUCACAAACAAUGUUAACAAGCUGCUGAUAAUUGAUUACUCAGAAAAUAGACUGUUGGCCUGCGGGAGUCUCUACCAGGGAGUCUGUAAGCUGCUGAGACUGGAUGACCUCUUCAUACUGGUGGAACCAUCUCACAAGAAAGAGCACUACCUUUCGAGUGUUAACAAGACUGGCACAAUGUAUGGAGUUAUAGUUCGCUCUGAGGGUGAGGAUGGGAAGCUUUUCAUUGGUACAGCGGUGGAUGGCAAGCAGGAUUACUUCCCGACCCUCUCCAGCCGCAAACUGCCCCGUGACCCAGAGUCAUCAGCCAUGUUGGAUUAUGAGCUCCACAGUGACUUUGUUUCAUCACUCAUCAAAAUCCCCUCUGACACGUUGGCCCUAGUCUCUCAUUUUGACAUCUUCUAUAUCUAUGGAUUUGCCAGUGGCAAUUUUGUUUAUUUUUUGACUGUCCAGCCUGAGACCCCUGAGGGUGUGUCAAUCAACUCGGCAAGUGACCUCUUCUAUACAUCUCGAAUUGUGCGUCUCUGCAAGGAUGACCCCAAGUUCCACUCCUAUGUCUCUCUGCCUUUUGGCUGUGUCAAGGGCGAUGUGGAGUAUCGCCUCCUACAGGCUGCCUACAUUUCCAAGCCAGGAGAGGUGUUGGCCAGGUCUCUCAAUAUCACUGCCCAGGAUGAUGUCCUUUUUGCCAUAUUCUCCAAGGGGCAAAAGCAAUUUCAUCAACCCCCUGACGACUCAGCUCUUUGCAUCUUCCCCAUCCGUGCUAUCAAUGGCCAAAUUAAGGAACGCCUUCAGUCUUGCUACCAGGGGGAAGGCAACCUGGAACUCAACUGGCUGCUAGGGAAAGAUGUUCAAUGUACCAAGGCGCCAGUCCCAAUAGAUGAUAACUUCUGUGGGCUGGAUAUUAACCAGCCACUUGGAGGAUCCAUACCAGUAGAGGGGGUGACCCUUUACACAUCCAGCCGUGAUCGGAUGACUUCUGUCACUUCAUAUGUCUACAAUGGCUACAGUGUGGUAUUUGUGGGGACCAAGAGCGGCAAGCUGAAGAAGAUCCGAGCAGAUGGACCUCCUCAUGGUGGUAUUCAGUACGAAAUGAUGCCAAUUUUCAAGGAUGGGAGUCCUAUACUUCGUGACAUGGCCUUCUCUACAGAUCAUAAUUACCUCUAUGUCAUGUCAGAGAGACAGGUGUCCCAGGUUCCUGUUGAAUCCUGUGAACAGUACACAACCUGUGGAGAAUGUCUAAGCUCAGGAGAUCCUCACUGCGGUUGGUGUGCUCUGCAUCAUACGUGUUCCCGAAGGGACAAGUGUGAGCGAGCAGACGAACCCUACCGAUUUGCAGCCAACAUCAACCAGUGCAUGAGUAUCAUUGUGCAACCCAGCAGCAUCCCGGUUUCUGAGCAUAGCCUUCCACUCAGCUUGUUGGUGAGUGAUGCACCUGACCUGUCAAGUGGUAUCAUUUGUGUAUUUGGAAACCUCACUGAAGUAGAAGGCCAGGUAUCGGGCAACCAGAUUGUGUGCAUUUCACCAGCAUCUAAGGAUGUUCCUGCCAUACCUCUGGACCAGGAUUGGUUUGGAAUCGAGCUGCUGCUGAAAUCCAAAGAGACAGGCAAGAUGUUUGUCAGCACCGAAUUCAAGUUCUAUAACUGCAGUGCCCAUCAACUGUGCCUCUCUUGUGUGAACAGUGCUUUUCGCUGCCACUGGUGUAAAUAUCGCAACCUCUGCACUCAUGAUCCCACAACAUGCUCAUUUCAGGAGGGGCGGAUCAAUGUUUCUGAGGAUUGUCCACAGCUGUUUCCUACAGAAGAGAUUCUGAUACCUGUGGGUGAGGUGAAACCCAUCACUCUGAAGGCUAGAAAUUUGCCCCAACCUCAGUCUGGUCAGCGUGGCUAUGAGUGUGUCCUCAACAUUCAAGGUGUGAUUCAUCGGGUUCCUGCUCUUCGCUUCAAUAGCUCAAGUGUCCAGUGCCAGAACAGUUCGUAUCAAUAUGAUGGAAUGGACAUGAGUAGUUUAGCAGUAGAUUUUGCUGUGGUUUGGAAUGGAAACUUCAUUAUUGACAACCCAGAAGAUUGGAAAGUUCAUCUGUACAAAUGUGCAGCCCAGCGGGAAAGCUGUGGGUUGUGCUUGAAAGCAGACCAGAAAUUUGAAUGUGGUUGGUGCACUGGAGAAGGGAAGUGCACUCUGCGUCAGCACUGCUCCUCCCCUAAUGGUGGAUGGGGAAGGUGGCUUGACUGGUCAAGCAGGAAUGUCAAAUGCUCCAACCCACGUAUCACUGAGAUUCUCACAGUAUCAGGCCCACCAGAAGGAGGAACACGAGUGACAAUUCGUGGAGUUAACCUUGGCCUGGACUUCUCUGAGAUUGCCCACAAUGUGCAAGUGGCUGGUGUGGAAUGUGUUCCAUUGGAAGAGCAGUAUAUCAUUGCUGAGCAAAUUGUGUGUGAGAUGGGGCAAGCUGAGCCCGGAAUCAGCUCUGGCCCUGCACUCCUCUGCAUCGGGGAGUGCAAGUCAGAAUUCGUGGCCAAGUCUGCACAGCAUUUCACAUUUGUGAAUCCUGCAGUGAGCUCCCUGAGUCCAAGCCGUGGGCCAGAGUCAGGAGGGACUAUGGUGACCAUCACUGGCCAUUUUCUGGGUGCUGGCAGUAGUGUGUCGGUGUUGCUGGGUAACCAGACCUGCGAAUAUUAUGGGAGGUCCAUGAACGAGAUUGUUUGCGUUUCUGCCCCUUCUACUCAUGGCCUGGGCUCUGUGCACAUCUCAGUCAGUGUGGAUCGGGCAAAGCUAGAGAGUAUGUUGCAGUUUGAAUACAUUGAUGACCCCAAAGUUCAACGCAUUGAGCCUGAAUGGAGCAUAGCCAGUGGCCACACACCUCUGACUGUCACAGGGUCCAACCUGGAUGUCAUACAGGAACCCAGAAUCCGUGUGAGGUACAAUGGCAAGGAGUCUGUCAAUAUCUGUAAAGUUGUGAACACAACCACCCUGACAUGUCUGGCUCCCUCCCUCACUCCGGAGUAUCGACCUGGCUUGGAUGCUGUUGAACGACCUGAUGAGUUUGGCUUCAUUUUUAACAACGUUCAGUCCUUGCUGAUUUACAAUGACACCAAGUUUAUCUAUUACCCAAACCCUACCUUUGAGCUCCUCAGUACCACUGGUGUGUUGGAUCAGAAGCCAGGAUCACCCAUCAUCCUGAAGGGUAAAAAUCUGUGUCCACCUGCCUCUGGUGGAGCAAAGCUGAAUUACACUGUUCUGAUUGGGGAAACACCAUGUGCUGUCACCGUCUCUGAGACCCAGCUGCUGUGUGAGCCUCCAAAUCUCACCGGACAACAUAAAGUUAUGGUGCAUGUAGGUGGCAUCGUCUUCUCCCCUGGUUUAGUGAAUGUGAUCUCAGACAGCCUGCUGACCUUGCCAGCUAUUGUCAGCAUUGCAGCUGGAGGCAGCCUUCUUCUCAUCAUAGUCAUCAUUGUCCUCAUCGCCUACAAGCGCAAGUCCCGUGAAAAUGAUCUCACCCUCAAGAGAUUACAGAUGCAGAUGGACAACCUGGAGUCUCGAGUGGCCCUUGAAUGCAAAGAAGCUUUUGCAGAACUGCAGACAGACAUCAAUGAGUUAACCAGUGACUUGGACCGCUCGGGAAUCCCGUACCUUGACUAUCGCACAUAUGCCAUGCGGGUCCUCUUCCCUGGCAUUGAGGAUCACCCUGUCCUGCGUGAAUUAGAGGUCCAAGGGAAUGGGCAGCAGAAUGUUGAAAAGGCCUUGAAGCUCUUUGCUCAGCUGAUCAACAACAAGGUCUUUCUGUUGACAUUCAUCCGGACCCUGGAGAUGCAGCGAAGCUUCUCCAUGCGCGACCGUGGCAAUGUGGCUUCCCUCAUCAUGACAGGUCUUCAGGGAAAGCUGGAAUAUGCCACUGAUGUCCUGAAGCAGUUGCUGUCUGAUCUUAUUGAAAAGAACUUGGAGAACAAGAAUCACCCGAAGCUGCUUCUGCGCAGGACCGAGUCAGUGGCUGAGAAGAUGUUGACUAAUUGGUUUGCUUUCCUUCUCCACAAAUUUCUAAAGGAAUGUGCUGGAGAGCCGCUCUUCAUGCUGUACUGCGCCAUCAAGCAACAGAUGGAGAAAGGCCCAAUUGAUGCUAUUACGGGGGAGGCACGUUACUCCCUGAGCGAGGACAAGCUGAUCCGGCAGCAGAUUGAGUACAAAACUCUAAUAUUGAACUGUGUGAAUCCUGACAAUGAGAACAGUCCUGAGAUUCCUGUGAAGGUGCUGAAUUGUGAUACCAUCACUCAAGUAAAAGAGAAGAUUCUAGAUGCAGUGUAUAAAAAUGUCCCAUACUCACAAAGGCCACGAGCUGUCGACAUGGAUUUGGAGUGGCGCCAGGGCCGAAUAGCACGUGUGGUCCUUCAGGAUGAAGACAUCACCACCAAGAUUGAGGGUGACUGGAAGCGGUUAAACACCCUGAUUCAUUAUCAGGUGUCUGAUCGCUCUGUGGUUGCCCUCGUUCCCAAGCAGACCUCUUCCUACAACAUUCCCACCUCUGCCAGCAUAUCACGGACCUCAAUUAGCAGAUAUGCUUCUUUUUCCUCUUGCCCAGAUUCCACAUUUCGGUACACAGGCAGCCCAGACAGCCUUCGCUCCAGGGCACCCAUGAUUACCCCAGACCUAGAGAGCGGAGUGAAAGUCUGGCACUUAGUCAAGAACCAUGAUCAUGGUGACCAGAAGGAGGGUGAUCGGGGCAGUAAGAUGGUGUCAGAAAUCUACCUGACCAGACUGCUAGCUACAAAGGGUACGCUGCAAAAAUUUGUGGAUGAUUUGUUUGAGACCUUGUUCAGCACUGUGCACCGAGGCAGCGCUCUCCCACUGGCCAUCAAAUACAUGUUUGAUUUCCUGGAUGAGCAAGCAGAUAAGCAUGGCAUCCAUGACACAGAUGUGAGGCACACCUGGAAGAGCAACUGCCUUCCUCUCCGUUUCUGGGUGAAUGUAAUUAAAAACCCACAGUUUGUCUUCGACAUUCAUAAGGGAAGUAUCACGGAUGCCUGUCUCUCAGUCGUGGCUCAGACAUUUAUGGAUUCGUGUUCCACCUCAGAGCACCGCCUGGGCAAGGACUCCCCCUCCAACAAACUGCUCUAUGCCAAGGACAUACCCAGCUAUAAGAGCUGGGUAGAGAGGUAUUAUGCAGAUAUUGCAAAACUCCCAGCCAUCAGUGACCAAGACAUGAAUGCCUACCUCGCAGAACAGUCACGCCUGCAUGCUGUUGAUUUCAACAUGCUGAGUGCGCUCAAUGAAAUCUACUCCUAUGUCAGCAAAUACAGUGAAGAGAUUAUCGGGGCUCUGGAGCAAGAUGAGCAGGCGCGCCGGCAGCGCUUGGCAUACAAAGUAGAACAGCUUAUUGGUGCCAUGUCUAUGGAGAGCUGAAGAAAGGAGCUGGAACUCCUAGAACAAAGGAAGGAAGUGCUCACCACAAAGACUUCCAGGAGUUAAGAGUAAGAACUGGCAAGGAGGCCGCUGGGAACAUACCUGAAGUACUGUGACAACCUCCAAAAAGAAGCUGAAGUUGGUCCAAAUACUUAGCUCAAAAAUUACUCAUCAUAAUUCCAGUUGAAAGGACAGAAGAAAACCAACAGCAGCAAUGCUUCUCACAACCCGGUUGGAUCAGCCAAGAAGUUCAGCUCCUCAAGUUUGUCUACCUAGAAAGAUCUUGGGAAGCUUAGAUUCCUCCAUGACUGCUGCUUUGCAUGAAAGUUGUUUGAUGUAUAUUAGGAGAUUAAAAGAAAAAUGCUAUUUAAUUUUUUUUCUUUUUUUAAAGAAAAAGGAAAGAAAGAAGAAGAAAUAAAUGUAACAAAAACCACAGUGGCCACAUCAAAUACCCUGUUACAAAGAUUCUGCUGCACACAAUGCCCCUCCUCUUUCAUGAGGCCCCUAUUGUUCAUGGCUCAGAUGGAUGGUUUUUGAGUGGAUGCUCGCACUGUUGGGAAUCUUUAAAAACUUCCUUAUUCCUCUUCCUGGGAACUUACAGAAAAUCCCACGAGCACAAAUUUGCACCAAACCUUUUUAAACAAAGGGAGAUAACCAGUGCAGUUGAGGAAGAAGGCCAGCAAACUGCAUCUGCAAGAGGAACUUAGCUGAAAUGUACCUGAGUGGAAAAGCCAUUUGGUCAUUCAACCCAUCUGUCUUGAAAUCCAUCUUUAGCUAUGUAUUUAUACAGUAUGCAUUUUUUAAAAAGAAAAACCCUAUUUACCAUUAGAGGGGCACUAUAUAUAUAUUUUUAAAGUCCUUCAUUCCUUGUCUACUUCAACACAAAAUGCCACCCUGUUGCAAAGAUUCCUCCUAUUUCUGUGCACUUGAAAAUUAUGUUCCUGAGGAAUGUCCUGUCCUUUUGAAGCUAAGGAAGCUGUGAGUCAUUUAAAUUGAAACUGGUGCAUCAUGGGCUUCUGCAGGUGCAAUUUGUGUAAAAACUAAUUGGCUUUUGUAGUUGCUUGGAGUGUGGGUUGUUUAGCUUUUUGGUUUGUUUGUUUCUCCUAGUCACUAUGUGAUUUCUUGCAGUAAAAAAAAAAAUGUUUACAGCAAGCAAUACUUGAACAGUGUAGAGCUAGUGAGUCAACAUAUUUAUUGCUUUCCUGUGCUGGAUUCUCUGCUUAUGCGAUCAGGAAAAAUGGCAUUUGCAUUUUUCUCACACCAUAUGCAAGGUCAUUCAAAGGUCAAGCAUAAGACUUCUGUGUCCAUUGGGAGAGUGAGGCAAGGAGGGACCUUCUCUCUAGAUAAAUGGAAAUGGCAUACACUACAUGGUGGUUAAUGCCUAUUGUCUUUGUCUCUGUCCACUUGUCUUGUCUUAGGUUAGGUUUCCCAGCAGCCCAUUUCUUAGCAAUCAGUGGAAGGCUGAUGUCUGUGAGUUGUUGUUCCUUAAAAAAAAAAAAAAAAAAAGACCAAAGCUUUCUUGUCCUUUUCAAGAGUGCCAAGUAGCAGGUGGGAUGCUGUAAAUAUUUCUCUCUGUAAUAAAUAUUGAUAUUUGUGCAGGCUGCAGUUAAGAGGGGUGAUUAGGGGGCAAGGCGAUUAAGCCUAAUGGAAGGCAGGAUAUCGACCAGUUUCGGACCAUGUGACUAGAAUCCAAAUCAGAUUUGAUAGGAAGAAUGGUUUCCUCAACUGAAAUCUAGGAAGGGCUGGUUUUACCACCGACCUUCUGCAUGAUGCUUCUGAGCAUAUCAGUUUCUCCAGAGUUGGUACCAUUUUUCUGCACAAGGCAGUUGUCUAUGGUUGUUAACAGCUGCUCAGAAUGGAAUCAGUAGAUGUUUUAGCUUCUCAGGUAUAGGUUGCCAGGGCAGCAGUACUGAAGGCCUCAAGAAGUUGAGGGUGAGUGGAUUUCAAGGAGCAACCAUUUUACUGUAUUGUAUAGUUAUUCAGAAGAGGAAAGUUUUAGAAGGUCUGUGCUCCUGCCCUCCAUCUUCUGCACCUAUGUUAUCUAUGAUAUCUCCUGAAGCUAUCCUUCCACAUCAUCCAUUUUCCAAUGCCAGAUUCAGAUUUAAGAAAUACUCAAGAAGGGACAGUUACCCAACAUUGACUAGCCAGUCACAGUAUCGAUGAGAAGUAUAUAGAGAAGUAGCUAUAUAGCAGAAUAGAUGCUUCAUGUCAUCAGUGACCUGUACGUGUGUGUAUCAUCAGCCAUAAUGUCACAGGACCACAUUCUCACCUUCCAGUACACACCAGUCCUAUUUCCCUUUCAGGGCCUACAAUAGGCAGUAGGUGAGUGGGUUGCACUUUGAAUUACCUACUCUGUGAGAAUCCCUGAUUUUGUACUUUCUAAUCAUUAUCCUCCUGAAUGCUGCCAGCAAAGGGAUAAAGAAAAGGAGCAACUUGCUGCUUUAAUUAUAAUUCAUUAAAAGCUGUGCCAAGCCCACUUUCCCCCUGAUAAUUCACUUUCAUAAGUUUCCCUGGGCCCUAUUAAUAGCCUGAAAGAAAUACUAAUGACUGACCUUGUGCAAUAAGCCAAAGCCUUUGACAUUCACAGCAGCCAAAGCUUUGCAGCCAAAAAGCUCUGAUUUACAUUGACUUGGCAGGAGCAGGGACAGGAGCCAAAUGCAGGAAGCAUCUCCAAAGAGGAGCAGCCUGGUUUCAGGAGAGUUUCCUCUUUAUCUUCUGGCAAGGUGGUGAAUUUGACUGCUAAGGCAGAUUUGUCUCCUUGAUCCCAAACUUAAUUGAUGUAGGUGAUAAGUUUAACAGCCAAUUUUUGUGAGAAGAAUUUUCAUUUCACCCAAUUACAGGCACUUCACAAUUAGACCAUGUUAGGUCCCCUUCAGUGCGCUUCCAUUUUUGUCAGGUUUUACUGUGGUGACAGAUGGGCUAUAUAGCUGUAGCUUCAGCCUCCCAAAUUAAGGCUGCAUCCAGCCUACCAUUUCUUAUAUCACUAGUCAGAAGUGAAGGAAGAGGGUAACUUGCAAAAGACAUACCAACUAGUAAGGGUGGGUAGUCACUGCAGCUACUGUUUUGGAUUGUGCCACCCAUACCAAUUUUGCUAGUUUGGACUCUUUGCAAACAUCACAAGGAUUGACAGAGGUCUUAUGGGCUUGCAGGGUUUAGCAUGCUGAUUCAGGCACAUGCUGUCUAGAAGUACUCACUAACUAGGACCAUGGCUUCUUACCAUCACGGUUUUCAACAACAGAUUGACAUCUAUGUAUAGAGUUUUUAAGGCUGGAAGGGAUCUCCUGCACAGUUACACUUCAUCUAGUGUUUUCUGCAUUCUGGUUGGCUAGAACUCACCUUAAGCUGAACUGGAAAUCCAAGUUAUCAUAUUUUUCUUGCUCUGUAAUUAGAUGCACAUGGGAACUAAAAGGCAACCAAAGUGUCUAGUGACUGCAUGGCCUGGCUCAUGGAUGACUCAAGUGUUGUGGGAUCAGUCCCAAGUGUUUUCUUUGGAAAGCAGCUAGCCUUGAGCAUUUAGAAGCCAUAGCAAUUGCCUUAGGUGACAUUAUACCCUGUCUGUGUCUCUUUCCCCUGAUGUUCAAGUCCCAGUCUGCCCUGUUUCAGGUGUUUUCACAUCAAAGCUAAGGACGUCAUUUCUGGAAUUUCUGUGCCUCACACUGCUGUUUAAAUAAUUCCAUUUAAUCUUCUCCUGAUGAGUGCUAUCCAGAGCCAUCAAAGAGCCUACUGCAAGAAGGAGUGAUGUGCUAAUCAAAUGAUUCUUUCCUUUGAAGGCCUUUUUUUUUUAAUCCAUCUUGUUAGCACACUUGCCUGCCCUGCUAUACUUUUCCCCCCUUCAGCACUAAAAUCCUGCAGCCACUUCACUUGCCAGAGCAAUGAGCCUUUGUCUAUCUAGUAUCAUCUGAAACAUGGCCUGCAAGCAUUUAGAAGAGGUAAACAGCUAAACUGCUGCACUACACUGAGAUUAGCCUCUGGCCAAAUUAACAACUGGCAUGGUAGAGAAGUGUUGGAAAUUGCAUUGCUUUCCUGUUGCUAGUGGGAUAUACUCUUGGCAAAAGUAGUUAAGGGUGCUUUACCUCAUUAAGAUUAACAGAGGUCUUCCUCUUACCCAGGAAAAUGUUGUGAUAUCGGCUGGCAAGCUGCCAUGCUGUCCCUGUGGUGGGAUACCUUUUGUUUGCCAGUAAGAAAAUCCCAUGCAACACCUAGCAUCUGUGUUACAGCUUCAUACCUUUAAAUAGAUCCUUUUUAUGAAAAUGGAGCAUUGGUUCACUUACCGUGAAGGCUUCUUCUGGUUGCUGGGGCCAAAGACAUCUCCAUGGGUUAUACUCCCCCCGAGCUCCUAGGCAGGACAGUUCUGAUUUGCUGAUAAAAAAGAAUGCCUACUCAAGGGGGGUAACCCCACCCCAGUUCUUUUGAGCCAAGUUACGUAAGGUAUUAAAACAGACAAGGUAUAACAAUAGAAAAAAUAGGAAGAAGAGAAAACCUGAGGACUCAACGUGGACCCCAAAACAGAGUGUUGAGAAUCACCCUAAGAGUCCAGAUGGCAACAGCAGUCUUCCAGAUCCUUAAUUAUCAGGUCUAUCCCAGAAUAAGAAUUUUGGAUGCCUAAAAGAUGGUUUUCCAGGAACAGACAAGCGCGCCAAACCGGGUGGGCCGAAAUGUCCUUGGCCCCAGCAGCCAGAAGAAGUCUUCACGGUAAGUUAACCAAUGCUCCAUUCUCUGUUGCUGGGGCCAAGGACAUCUCCAUGGGACAUACCACAGCUUGUACACCACUCAGGGUGGGAGCGCUCUUGUCUAUUCCUGGGGAAGCACCUGCUGUAAGACCCUUCUACCAAAUGCAGCCUGAGCUGAGGCGUGAGAGUCAAUCUUGCAGUGUCUUGUAAAGGUCGAUGAACUUCACGUUGCUGCCCUGCAAAUGUCCUGUACUGGUGCAUUUGUGAAGAAAGCAGCUGAAGUCACUUCUGCCCGAGUAGAGUGGGCAACCAAGGAGGCCUAAGGAGCUGGACCUCGUAUGUCAAAGAUAUGCAUGCCUUGAUCCGUCUUGCGAUUGUAGAUGAUGAAACUGCUAUUCCCAUGAAUCUCGGAAGGAACGAGAUCACGACACGAACAGGGUAUCAGUGACUCUGAAUGAUGCUGAUCUUUCUAUGUAUGUCUUGAGACAGUGACGCAUGUCUAACUUGUGCCACUGCAUCUUUUUGGUAUGCACUGGAUUGGGGCAGAAGGACGGAAGGAAGAUGUCCUGAGAUUGGUGGAAAGUUGAGGCCACCUUAGUUCUUACAAAUGGAUCCGGAAUGAGGCAGAUAGAGUCCUUUUGGAAAAUGCAAAAGGAUUUGUGAGCUGACAGUGCCUGCAACUCUGAGAUGCGCCUCACAGAGGUGAUGGCAAUUAGAAAGGCUAAAUUAAACGACAAAAUUCUUAUAGGUAUUUUUGCUAUAGGCUCAAAAGGAUGAAAUUGUAAUGCCUUUAAUACAAUGUGUAAGUCCCAUGUUGGAAAUCUAUGGACAGUUGGUGGAGACAGCAAGGUUGCUCUCUCAAAAAAAUGCCUCAGGUGAUGAUGAGUCUGCAGUUCUUUUUGGAAAUGCCUGCAAUGAGGCCGACUAAUGAAGAUGAUUGCCGCUUCAGGGUAUUUGGUUUUAGACCUUUUUCCAGCCCGUCCUGUAAAAAUUGCAACAGGUGUUGUAGAGUAGCACCACCUCUAAGGAUUGAAUGGUGUGUCAUGUAUCCAUCUCAGGAAGGCCCUCCAUGUGUAUUGGUAAAUUCUAUUUGUGAAGGAUCUGUGUGACGCCAACAUAGUCUCAAGCACCCUAUCGGAGUAACCCUGUUGGCUCAGAACUCGCUGCUCAGUUUCCAAGCGGCAAGCCGUAACCAACCCUGGUUGGGAUGCUGUACCAGUCCCUGAGUGAGCAUAUCCCAAGACACUGGGAGAAACCAUGGCUCUUUGGUGGCAAAAUGUAGAAGUUCCGGGAACUUGGGCCAAAAUGGAGCCACUAGAAUAACGCUUGCUCCUGGCAGACUUAUUCUUCUUAGCACCCUGGCCAACAGUGACAUUGGUGGAAAAGCACAGAGUAGUCUUUCCGGCCAUGGGCUUGACAGAGCAUCUAUAUCUUCUGUUCCUGAGCAGGGAAACCUCACCAAGAACCUUGGGAGUUUUGAGUUUAUUGGAGUUGUGAACAAGUCCAUAAUUGGCAGCCCCAUUCAUCUUGUAAUCCAUUUGAAAAUCUGGGGGCUUAUUGCCCAUUCUCCUGGCAUCAGUUCCUCCCAAUUCAACCAGCCGGCCAGCUAGUUUUGAUCCCCCUUCACGUGAUGGGCUGUCAAGGAGCUGAGGUUUUCUUCCGCCCAGCCGAUCAGAAGUACUGAUUCCUGGUGAAGUGACUUUGAGCGUGUUCCGCCCUGUCGGUUCACGUGGGCUUUUGCCAUUGUAUUGUCUGUUCUUACAAGCACGUGUCUAUUCUGCAGAGUCUGAUGGAACGCUACCAGAGCUAGCCGAAUGGCUUUCAGUUCUAGCCAGUUUAUACUGUGAUCUCUCUCCUGUUGAGACCACAUUCCCUGGGUUGAAAAGUGCAUGCAGUGUGCCCCCCAGCCCCUGUUGCUGGCAUCUGUAGUUAAUACGAUCCUUGGUGGAUCCAGAAACUCUGCCUUGUAGAAGGUUUUGAGGGACCAGCCACCAAUUGAGGGACUUAUGGACUUGUGGUGGUAGGUGUAGUUCCACUCUUUUCUUCUAUGCAAUGGCCAGCUGGUGUGGUAGCAGGAACCACUGCAGAGUUCUUAAAUGGAAUCGUACCCCUAGGACCACUUCCAAUGCUGCAACCUUUAGUCCCAGGAUUCUUGCCAAUGCUGUGAGCAGUACUGCUGGUGUUGCUAGAGCUUGUCUGAUUUCCGAGGUGAUGGUUCAAUACUGAUCUUGUGGUAGAAACAAACGGUCCUUUUCCGUGUCUAUCACCACCCCGAGGUGUUGGAGUUUCUAUGUUGGAGUUGGCUCUUUUCCUGGUUGAUUAAGAAUCCGUGUUCUUCCAGGGCUAGCAGAGUUGUCCCCAAGUUGCGCAGAGCGGUUUGUUUUCAGUGUGACUGGAGAAAGAGAUCAUCUAGCAAUAUGAAUAUCCAGACUCCCUGUAAGCGUAGAUGGGCGAGCAGUGCCAGCACCCUUGAGAACACGCGGGGAGCCGAUGAAAGUCCAAAUGGGAGUGCUGCAUAUUGGUAAUGACAACCCACAUACUUAAACCUGAGAAGGUUCUGGCUGCUCUGAAGAAUGGGGAUAUGGAGAUAUGCCUCCUUUAAAUCUAUGGAAGUCAUAACAUCCAGAUAGUGAAGAGCUUCUGACACUGAUCACAGUAUCUCCAACCUGAAACACUCUCGCUUGAACCAUUUGUUCAGGUACUUUAGGUCCAAAACCGCUUGUCUUGACCCAUCCUUUUGUGAGAUGGUAAACAAGAUAAUGCCCCCUCCCUCUUGAUGGCCUGGGACUGGUUCCACUGCUCCGAUAUCUUCCAAGUGUCAGAUUGCUUUUAGAAGCUCUGCAUGUUUGAUAAAAGAGCGAGAGCAGGGAGUUGCGAGAAACCUGUGGAGGGGAAGGGCGUCCAGUUCUAUCUUAUACCCAUGUUGGAUAACAUCUGUCCAUGGUGGAGGAUUCCCAUCUGUCCAUGGUGGAGGAUUCCCAAGCGUGGUAAUGAUUGGACAGGUGGCCUCCCAGUUUGACCAUCUCUAAGCCAUUGCUGAGGCUUGAACUAUUUUGUGGGAAUGUCUGCUUGUAGUUGCCAGUGCCUCUGUAGGUACCAUGUUGAUGGUUCCAGGAUCCCCUUUGACUUCUGAAAUCUCUUUCCCAGCCCCUGCAGAACUGGAAUCCUCAAAAGAGCUGCGAUUGCUGGAAGGACCUCUUAAAAACUAAACUUUCUGGCUUAUGUGGCGCCGAAGGCAUGGUCUUCCUUUUGUCCUUGGAUACCACCAGAACAUCUUUGAGGGCAGUCUCCCCAAACAGUUUGGUGCUGUCAUAUGCCACUGUGGUCAGGUUGUUCUUUGAUGUAGCAUCUACUUGCCAAUUCUUCAACCAUAGAUGCCUUCUUCCAACUACCAAUGCUGCUGAUGCACAUGAAGAAAAUCUAAUUAAGUCCAAGGUUGCAUCAGCCACAAGUGCUUGCAUCUUCUGUAUUUUCACCAGUUGUUGUCUCAUCUUGAUAGGGUCAGAAGCAGGUUCAUUAAGCAGAUUGCCUACCCAUAAGAGGGAGGCUCUUGCCACCAUGGAGGCUGCCACAGUGAUGCACAUGGAUAAGGAAGAAUUAUCAUGAACCCUUUUAAACGCCAAUUCUGCCUUCUUAUCUGCAGGGUCUCUCAAAGGUACUUCUCCAUCUUUCGGCACCAAAGAUCCAGACACUAGUUGUGCUAUGGGGGCAUCUGCAUUUGGAGUUUUUAACAGAUCUGUUAUCUCUUGUUGAAAGGAAUAAAAGUGGUUAGCCACAGCCAUCGGCUUUCUAUUUGUGGCAGGCAGUAGCUAUUCUUGUUUAACCGCUUCAGAAAAUACUUCUGGCAUGGGUAAAAGCAUGUCCCUAGGCUUUGACCUGGGAAAACCCAGGUCCCCUUUGUCAGAUGGUGCGGGGUCCAAGUUCGCUUUUGCUUGGAGUAAUAUUGCAUUAAUAACCCUUGUCAUAAGAGAAUUAAAGUCAUCUGACACAACCAAGUGCUGAGAGACAUUCGCAGGUUCAGUAUUCCCCCCCUCCCCCAUUCCCCCUCUUCCUUGUCAGGUUGGCAUCAUUGUUAUGGUUGUUCUCACCAGGUUCACCUAUUUCCUCCUCAGGAUCAGCCUCACAAUCAGUGACCGGAUUUGUCCCAAAUCUUUGGGUUUUUUGCUUAGCAAGGGUCUAGGGUUAAGCACCUCGGGGUCCCCAGACUCUUGUUCAGAGGCCUCAGAGGAGUGUAAUGUCUUAGAUUUACUUUUUGAAUGUUUAGACCCCUUUUGUUUUUUAAGCUGUUUCUUUUUGCUAGUUGCCUUUUUGGGUGGAGGGCUGGCAGAUUCAGAGGAAGAGGAGCUAUCAGUAGAAGAAUACUCCCUCCUCCUUUUCUUUGAUCUUUUUUCUCUUUUAUGAGGCCUGACCUGACGUAUAGUAUCAAUGACUGCAUUUUUAAACCAGGGUAUUUUAAAAUAUCCUUCCAUUCCAUGCUGUCAUAGUUAAUGUUAAGGUCAUUUAAGUCACUGAUUCAGAAACCUGGCCAUAGGACAACUGGUUUUUGCUCUCUGCCAAAGUGAUGGGAGGGGUCCCAUUUGUUUCCAGCAAUGGCUACUUCUCUAUAAUGAGGCCUACCUGUGGGCAGUUUAUUUGAGCAGUCCAAUUCACCAACUUCAUUUUAAGUGAACCGAGUUUACAAUAUAUCCUCUGACCUAAACAACUGCCCCAAAGCUGUGGCAGCCCAAUAAAAAGGUACCGGGCAAACUCUAGACCAGGGAUUCUCAACGUUGGGUCCCCAGAUGUUAUUGGACUCCAACUCCCAUAAUCCCCAGCCACAGUGGCCUCUGGUUGGGGAUUAUUGGAGCUGAAGUCCAAUAACAUCUGGGGACCCAAUGUUGAGAAUCCCUGCUCUAGACCAUCUAAAAGGUCCCAUGCACACGCUAGCCUAUUCAGUCCUUUACUAAAGUGGCUGGCCGACAUUCUGUGCAAUGGAACGCCGGCAUUAGGAGCUUGCCGGAACUGCUGCGUAAUGUGGAAGCAUAAUGUGCUGCGUAAUGUGCCUUGAUGGUGCAGAAUGACUUAAAACAGCUUCUGGGCAGUUAUUUUAGGUCCUUCCACACAGUCAUGCUACAUCAUCAGGGCUGCCUUUCAUGUUAUGCAGCAGGCCCAGUGGAUCUCUACACCAGCUGUGCCAACCCACUGCCCAGAAUGUCAGCCACUGCCCAGUCAAGGCUUCUUAUGGAAGGGGCCCUAUUUGGUCACAAGACCGACUCUAGAGCCAGCUAUAUUCUGCUUUAAGUAAGCAACCUUCACUUCUGUGAAUAACUGUUCAGACAUUUGUGGGGUAGUGACUAGAAAGAGCCUGUCUGGGUGCCUCCUCUUAGAGAUCAGCAGCCUCCAUCUUGAUACUUCUAUCUGGAUUUGAAGCAACAGAGGAAGGGUCAUGGUGACAGGCCUUUGUUGCCUUUGCUUACCAUUUUGUUGAACUCUUUUUCGUGGAAUUAUGCUUGGAGGCACAAGGAAUCUAUCAAAAUGACUGUCCACAGCAAUGGUAUAUUUGUUUUAGUGUCACUUUUUGAGGUUCGGUAGUAGGCCCAGCUAUACUUCUCUUGUUUUCUCUGUUACUGUUUUGUCAUGUAUAGAGCCAGAACAAAACAGUAAGGAGUCAGGUUUGGCUGAAACAGUAACAGUUUAGAUCCAAAUUCAGAUUGACCACAUGGAAACUUAACAGGAAGACUACUUCAGUCAAAUAAUUUGCCUGUGUAUGUUCCCUUGAAUGAGUGGAAUUUGUUGUAGAACUGAGAACAUCCCCAGGUGGCUCCUGUUGGUGGAAACUCUUAUUUCAGUGACCUGAAUAAGCUUGGGGAGGUGGGGGGGGGAGAUAGAAUGAGUGGAUACUGAACCCUGGGGGAAGAGGACAGAGAGGCAGGAUUGGUUGUAGAAGGAUAAAUAACCAACAUGAAAGAGCCAUUUAAACUCCAGUAGAGCUGGAGUUUAUCAGAUUUCAGUAUUCAAUCUGUAUCAUAAAUCACAAGCCAGUAACAAUACAGAGAGCCAUCAUACUGUAUAUAUUUACUUGCUAGUUAGCACUAGGUGAGCAGUUUGACCUAAAUAGUGAAUGUGUCUCCAGUGAUACAUGUCUCCCCCAUUUCUGUGUCCUGUCAGCUGCGACCCAUCUGUCCCAUAUCUCACCCAGUAAACAAGGAAGUGGGAACAAAGUGAUUAAUACUCAAGAAAUAACCUUUCAUUUUUCAAGAUACUAGUUGGAUUUUCCAAAAGUCUGAGCAAUGCAGCAAAUCUCUUCCUUUUGUUUGUGAACGUGACAACUAGUAAUCACUCCCUCCCAAUAAUGCAGCCAAGGCACUUGUCAUUUGUAGAGAGGGAAGUAUAGGAAGAGAUGUCAUUUGGGUUCAGAAACACAAACACACCCUUAGGAAUUUCACAAUGAAUUCACAGUCCAGAAAUCAAUGGUUUGAAAUUAGACUACUAGACUACUGCCUGCAGGCCAUUCCAGUUUAGAAUAUUUUUGAAAAUACCUUUUGAACAUAUUAUUUCCUUUAUAAAAAUACUCCCCAGAAUGGAGGGGGAAACGUCUUUGUUAAAUUUCCAGUAAGAGGAAAUCUACCAAAAGGAAAAUGUUCCAGAAGGAUUUGUUUGUGUUUCGAAAUACAGUUCUUAACAAGGGGUUUCCUCCCUGGCCCACUCCAAAUGUGCACUUGUAUCUAGUAUAUAUGACUAGCAGUUUCACACGGUACAACAAAGCUGGAGGAGUGAAAGCACAUGUGGGUCAUCCUUUGUCUUUCUUGCACUUUCCAUGUGACAUGCAAAUAGAGACCUUUGUCAGCUCCCCCGCCAUGAGAAGAUGACUGGUUUCUACAUGUAGCUCAUCUCACCAGAGGGGAGAUUACAAGUCCCCCUUUGCACAUUACACCAGAGAUAUGAUCAGAGGAACCACAAUUCACUCUCCCCAAGCUUCCACUUACCUAUAAUGGCAAAGCAUUGUUGUCAGACAAAUUGAUGAUGCAUUGAUUCCAAAUCCCCAUAUCAUAAUUUGUGUGUCUGUAAGCGAUUGUCUGGUCUGGUGGUUCUCAUGGAAGAAUCUUUACAGCAGAACAGUCUUGAAGACUUACCCCUCUGAAAUGCAAAGCUCUGUUGCACAUGUGUAUUCUGCCUCAGUUAUGGGUAAGGAGCGGAUGUGCCUCUGCUGUGUUCAGUCUCUUUUGAGUAAGCAACACAGUAUCUGGAAAGUGUGGAUGAACAAGUGACAAUUCACCUCAGUGGGUCAUCUGAGAUGGUCAUCAUUUCUUAGCAUAUUAUAUGAAACCAGUCAGGUCACUUAAUAAAAAUGAGACACGGUUUGCUUUGUAUGUUGUUAGUGCUUAGGUGUCUGUGUUUGUCUAUUGCUUUUACCAGAAUCUCUCUUUAUGUAGUCUGUAUUUUGCCUUCUCCUCUAUGUGACUUUUUCCCUUCACAGAUGAAACCUGAUGAUGGGCUAGGACUAAAACAACAACAACCAAUUAUCCCAAUAAAUAAACGGAAGUGUGGAUACUUAAAACUUGCCAUAACUUUCUUCUGUCUUAUUUCCAAGACAGGUGAUGUUUUAGAGAGGACAGCAACAUUUAAAACCAGAUUUUCAAAUGGAUUUGUGUGUGUGUGUGUGUGUGUGUGUGUGUGUGUGUGUAAUUCUGUUGUUGGCUAAAAAUGGGAGCAUUUGUAAGUUAGAGCUAUAAAGUGGAGUAAAUACGUCAAGACACACUCCCUAGCUUGAUCAGUAAUUAAAAGGGGAUUUUGGUACCUGUCCAUUUUUAUUCUCAAAUUUUACUUAACAUUUCUGAAAAGUGGAAAUGGUUAACAUUUCAAAAUGUGCUGUCAAUAUUUUGCUUAGAUGAUGUCCUGGCAAUGUUGAAUCAAUAUUUCAGAAUGUUUACAGGAGGAACCAAAUUUUGCACAGACAUUUCUGAAAUGGUGCUUUUGUUUUGAACAUUUCAAAACUCUUUCUAGAUUUAUUAUAAGCAUGUUAUCCUUUUCAUCAGCUUUCAUUAUGCCUGACAAAGCAAAAUGAGGCUUAAUCACAAACUAGUAUGGGCACCAAGGGUGCAGUCCACUGAGCAUCUCCCACCAAGCCUUGUUGAAAUGAAUGUGGGUACUGAAGAAGUUGCACUCAGUGGAUUUCUCUCUCGUGCCAUGCGAUGGUGAUCCUUAUAAAUGUUUCCUUCUGCAAGUGCACUAAUGUCAUAAAUAAUAAUAGACAGGACCCAAAUCUUGUGGAAUUUCUAAUAAAGAUCAAUUUAAGUACUAUGAGGAAGAUUUGAGGGGGUGUGAGAAAGGGCUUUAUUAAUUUGUCCCAUUCCUAGAACUGAAUUGCAACAACAGGCUGGUAAAGCUGUUGAACUGAAUGGCCUACAUUUACGCACUCCACACUAUCCUUAACUUUUUUUCAUCUUCCUCCUCCUUUAUACUUGACACUGGAGUUCUGUAUUAUAUUUUUUUUAAAAGAUGGUUGUCUGGUUUUUGUUGUUUUUACAGUGUUUGUGGGGGAGAAAUGUAAGAAAGCUGAAGUAUUUAAAAAUGUUCCAAGGGAAAAAAGGUUUUUGUUAUUAUUCUAAUAUAUUAUUGUGUACCUAUUGUAAAUAUGAAACACUCCUAUUUUGCAAUCCAAGGACUCACUUUGUACUGUUGUUAUAUAUAAAUAAAGUUUACUGGAUAAAAAUA